AUGCAGCUUUUAGGCAGCUUAGUGUCUCUGCUGCUGGUGCUGUACAGUGUGAGAGCAGCAGCCGUGCUUCCAGCGGAGGAAAGGAAUCCCACACACAGGGAACUGAGUAAGGAACGAAAAGAGCUGAUCCUCAAGCUGGUCUCCGGUCUGCUGGACGGCAUGGACAACAGCAUGCUGGCUGGAGACCUUGUCUCUCUGGAGGAGGAAGAGCCCAUCGAGUCUCACCUGGAAGAGAGAGCCGUGUAUAACCGGCUAGCGCAGCUGCCCCAGAGAGACCGCAAAGCUCCAUGUAAGAACUUCUUCUGGAAGACAUUCACAUCGUGCUAA